CUUUUUUAUCAUGUUCCUACCUAGGCGUACUAUCCGUUCUUGCUUGAAACAAAAGGUUGGUUUACCACAAUUAUCUUGGCGUCUAGGUUUAUGGAUUCUUUUAUUUGUACUUAUUAUUAUUCCCUCUUUGUAUACUAUUGACUUGAAUCUUCAUGUCAGCUUGAAACCUUGGAUACAUAGACAACCAUCUGUUUCAGUAGAUUCUCUUACUUCUUCUUGUUUCCAGUCUCCUUAUACAAUCAAACAGCUUCAGUCACCUCCUAUUACACCUGGUAUUCCGUUAAAAAAUAGUGACGAAUGUCUCGGUUUUGCAAGCUCAAUCGGUGAUUCCUCUUUACUAUCAGCAUCUACACAACGCGACAAUGUAUGGUUUCAUACCUAUUGGAUACCUUCAAAUGACAACAUGGAAGAUCAUCGGUUGGGAAUAAUGUUACGAUCUUUUGCUGCAACGCAUUCACAAGGUAGUUUGAUGAUUUGGGUUCAGGAUGGUCACGAAAAUGCAUUGUUACAUUCUAAUACUUGGCGUCAAGCGAAGCAACAUAUGAAAGGUCGACUUGAACACAACAUAUGGACAACGAUCAUUGAUAGGAACAACAAGAGAAAACAUAUUUCGGAUCAAGAGGAUACCCGCAGUGAAAAGAUGGAUUACAUUGGGCUGCUGAUCCUACAACAAUAUGGUGGUGUUUGGUUCCAUCCAUCUAUUGUCUUUCUGCGGAGUUGGGCGCCUUUGCUCGGUACAAGGGAAUGGAUGAUACAACAAGAUUGCCAAGCGACGCAUUCGGGGCAAGAAGCAGCACUUGGUAGCCAGGCGAACAAUCAUCAACAAACAGUAAUGCACUUUUUCGCCAAUUCAUCCAUACUAUGUCAAUUGGUCGAAACAAUGGAAGUCUCUCUCUUUGGAAAAUCAUCAUCAUCAUCAUCAUCAUCAUCAUCAACAGGUUUAGUCUAUAAGGAUGUGUAUCAUCGUUUGAUGAAAGCAAAGAUUCGGCCGUGGUUGAUACUUCCUUGGUGUUUCAUGAAUGCAGCGGGUGGGUGUACAGCUAACAACCUUGAUCUCUUCAACAAGCCAACUCUUGGGAUACCUACUCUACCUCCAGUUUUUGCUCUUCAAUACAAUGUCAGACAAUGGGUGGAUGAUCCAGAUACUCUACUUGGCCUCCUCGAUCUCUCACAUCAAGCUAUUUUGGGCUGGUGAUCAUGAUAAUAAAUUGGAUAGUACAACAACAACAAACAAACAAUAGUUUAAUUUGGUCAAAACACACUUAGACACUUGUUAUAUUUAUUAUGUAGUUUAGUUUUAUAUAACUCUUUUGACUUGUAUAUACUAUAAAAUUAAAUAAAUUUUUUAUUUUG